UUAAGGUUUCAAAAGACAUACAAUCUUUUUUUAAAAAAAAAAUAAUUACUCAAUUGGUGUCUUGUACCAAAAAUAGUUUUUUCUCAUUUUGUCUCUAAUGCUAAAAUAGAAACCUAGCAAUAUCUAACACUAGUUGUGUAUUUCUACUUCUCUUCUCUUUUCUUUUUUUGAAGCACAAAAAAGAGUUUUAGAAGUAAACUGACUAAACCAUGAAAGCUCUUACCUUAAUCCUCACAUUUGCCAUCAUCGUUGCAUUCUCACAAACAUUGGUCACUCACUCUUAUCUUCAAAGGAAUCUAUAUUCCAUGCUUAACCAUACCCAACAACAUAUUAAUGAGACAAUUAGCUGCGUUUAUCAAAUCAAUGUAAAGACAAGCUGCCAUUCUCCACCACUAACAACAGAUGCAAUUGGAAUUUCAAUUGGAGACGCCGAAGGCAAUGAGGUUCUUGCACAACUGGAUGGUCCUGAUGAUUCUGAGACGUUCAAGCAAUGCAGCACAAUUUCAUUUGAGAUACUAGGACCUUGUGUUGGCAAAAUAUGUCAACUGUACCUAUUUAGGAAUGGAACAGAUGGUUGGAUGCCAGAGACUGUAACAGCUUUGUACAAUGACUACCCUCCUGUAACAUUCAAUUACAACAUUUUCAUUCCUCAGGGUGUUAGCUCUGGCUUCAACUAUUGCGAUGAUAAAAAUUAGUGUUGCAUUCCUUAAAUACCUUUAUUGUUAUAAGGUGUUUUGUUUUCUUCAACAAAAAAGUAUACUUAUUGCA